AUGAAGGAUAAGAAAGCAGUAGGAACAAUCUAUGAGGCCACUAACGGCUGUCAGUCAGUCAUUGUGAAGUGUGAAGCACAACUGUUAUUUAAAGGAACUGCCUCUACUUCUAUCAUGACUGCAGCAAACAUGACAUCUGCACUGCACAGUGUCAAACAGUGGCAUUUGGAGAGCUUGGGGGCAACACGCUCCAGCCCAGAUCAGACAACAGAAAUGUUGCAUACGCGAUUCAGCUCCUGGACACCUCUUGAAAACCAAUCUCUUAACGAGCAGCUCUUUCAGGAAAGAGUCAGGCUUAUAAGCCACUGGUUUGACAUGUGGACUGACAGGCAGCGUAAGCAGUUUUUGCACUGGAUACUCCUGAAAUGCAGCGCAUCACAGCUGAAGUUUGUUGGGAAAUGGUUUGUUGAAAAUAUCCCAGUGGUCAAAGUGGACUUCACGAGCUUGCUACCACGUUUCAUAUCUUUGUACAUAUUCUCCUUUCUGAGCCCCAAGGAUCUAUGUGCAGGAGCCCAAGUAAGCUGGCACUGGAAGUUUUUAACAGAACAGGAUUGUCUGUGGAUGCCAAAAUGUGUUCGGUUUGGAUGGUUUCUUCCCUACAGUCCGGCACAAAAUGAGUACAGUGCUUGGAAAAAACAUUAUAUUGCCUGUGCAACCCAUCUGGAUGGCUUAGCCCUUAAAGAAGCCCCUAAAACAUAUGAGGCUGUCAGUGGACCUCAAACAGAAAAUGAGGAGCAAAAAGAGAGAAUGUAUGAAAAAUGGCUACAAAAAGUUAUUCGAGAGAGACUGGUAUUACACAAGAAAGAGUUGCUGAAAAUGCGUCCACCUUGGCUAAGCGGAACACAGAAUUCCAGAUUUUUCAAAUCGGGAUUUCGACCAUACUUGUCUCAAAUUAUCCAUGUUGGAUCACCAGAAGCAUUGUUACUAAUGAAGAAGAGAAUGUCCUCAAAUGACAUACUUUCAGAACAAGUUUCCAAAGAAGUCAAGUCUGUACCAAACUUCAGUCUGGCAACUGAGCAGCAUUUUGUAUUAGCCUCCUUAAAAGCUUUGCCAAAAAGAAAGAAUGUUGCCGGGAGUGACAGUUACCCAGUCUUACCUCACAAACAUUGUCUGACUGUUUCCCAAAGAUAUGUCAAUAUGGCACAUCUUCUUCAGCCACACCUGGUCUUGAUAUCUUCCCAAGUUCCAGCUUAUGAGAUGAUUGUGGAUAGUGUUAAGCCUGGAGUAAUCCCUGUUGUAUAUGAACAUUGUGGCACAACUUUGGAAAGCCUCUUUUAUUAUGUAGAAAAAGAGCUGGAUAGCCGAACAGCAAAGAGUAUCGGGAUUGUUAGUGAUGGAGAUUCCAGAGGGAUUAACUUACUUCGAGGCUGUCGAAUCAGCAUGAAGGACCUUCUUAAUCCUGAGGUGAGAGAAUUCUGGAAGAAGUUAGGAAGCUGUAUCACCUCUCAACAAGAAGGUGGAUAUGUAGACAUUUUUCUUCCUCUUGCAGCAUCAGAGGCAGGAAAGGAGCUUCUUUCCCAGCUGUCUGGUCUAACUGGAGCAUUCUUCAGAACUCCCACAGGCAUAGCAACCGGAUCAUAUCAGCACAUCCUCAGUGAAUGGUUGGGAAAUGACAGAGACAACCCUCCACCUUCUCUGUACUUCACUGAAGCAAAGUUGCAGAUGUGGCUGAGACUGACAGAACUCUUAGAAGAUACACUGAAGACUGUCAGGAAACAGCUGAGACCAUACUUGUAUGAUUUGCAGAAGAAAAUGACUGGCAAGAUUAUUGGUCAGAUUGUAUUUGAUGCCAUGAGCUGGUCUGAAGUUCAAGACAACCAGGCAAUAGCUAUGGCUUUGACUGAUGGAUUAACUGAACUCUCAAGAGGAAACUAUGAAAACCCUUUGGAAUUUUUAUCACAUUUCCUGUUAAAGAAACAUAGUAAAAACAAGGAGCUCAGAAGCCAAGUUUUUUUGACUGAAUAUAAUCCAGAAGCAAGUGUUGGAGCAUCAGUUAAGAAUGGGAAACAUCAGGAGAACACACAAGAGAAGCGAGAAACACUUGUCAGAGAACUCCUGAUCAGUGAGAACACUUAUGUCCGUGUAUUAGAAAUUAUAAGAGAUGUUUACACCAAGCCAUUGAAAGCAGCAUUAGCAUCCAAUCGACCCAUCCUAAGCCACGCUAAUGUUCAGAUAAUCUUCUCUGAUAUUAUGGACAUCUUGCAACUCAAUAGAUGGUUUUUGGCAGCGCUAACACAAAGACUUAAGGAAUGGAGUCCAGCCCAAAACGUAGGAGACAUAUUCAUCAAAUUUUGCCAGCACUUUCAAACAUACACAAACUUCUACAACAAUUAUGCAGUAAUUCUGAAAACAAUUGACCAGUGCAGGGAGACAAUUCCACUAUUCCGCGCUUUCCUGAAGAGGCAUGAUAAGACUGUUAUAACUGGCAUGAGGAGCCUACAGGAACUUCUGCUGUGCCCAUCUAAGAGGUUUGAAGAGUACAUUGUGCUCCUGUAUGCUUUGAAGCUUCACACUCCAACAGAACACACUGACCGUGAAGACUUGACUUCUGCAAUUAAGCAAAUGCAUCGAUACACAGAUUACAUAGAUCAGCUAAAGAAGAAUGUGGGCAGGGAUGAUCAGCUGUUAACUACACAAAGACUCAUCCAGGGAUGUCCUAACGUAUUGAAAGCCAACAGGUAUCUAAUUAGGACACAAGAUGUAGCCCAGCUAUACUGCUGUUCUGAGAAAGUCAGUGCACCAUUCAGGCUCUAUGAACACAUCUAUGAUCUUAGCCUUUUCCUUUUCAACGAUAUACUUGUUAUCUCUCAACGUAGCAUCUCUCAUAAGCCUUUUGAAUGGAGCUCAAAGAUGACUCACCAAUUCUUGGCGAUGGUGGCACUUCAUCAACUCUUUGUUGAAGAUAUCCCAGAGUCCAAAUAUAUAAAGAAUGCUUUUCUUCUACAAGGGCCAAGGCUUCAAUUGAUUUGUUCUACAGAGGAAGCUGACAAGUUCCCAUGGCUUUCUGCACUGCAAAGAGCAAUUAUCUGUAACAUUGAAGAGAAUGGAAGCAUCUAA